AUGUCCAUCGGACAAAACAGACUGAAUACUAAUGUUGGAAAGACUAAAUCAGAACGUAAGAGUAGAACAAAGUUUGAUCCUGCGGAGCAAAGGUACAAACACGUUUCGUGUGAAAAAAACAGGCGUUCAUCAAUUCGUUGCUCAUACGAUAAGUUAGUUGAUCUUGUUCCUGGGCUCACAGACAAAGAACGUCGUUCAGAAUGGAAGAUUUAUGUUAAAAGUAUGUAUAUAUUGAGACUUUUCACCACGCGGGUAAUUAUAACCAAAGGCUAUUUACUAACUUAG